UGCAGACUGGGCUGUGAUGGAUGUCGUCAAUUAUUUCCGAACAGCGGGAUUUGAGGAGCAAGCUAGUGCUUUUCAGGAACAGAACUUUUUGAUGACUUUGCAAACCAGUCAACAAUUCAGCACAAAGGCAUCCAGAGUCACGUAGGCAUGUUGUGACAGAAUCACAGAAUGACAGGGGAUUCUUUCCAUUCUGAAUAUUCCUGAACCUCAAAUAGCAGAGGUAUGUGGAAUCAUACAUUAGAGCUGGCACAGGCUGAGAGACUUGAAACUCAGACUCAACAUUCUAUGGGGAAAGUCUCCGGCUGUGGCACGGAAUAAAGGCGACAGGUAGAAAAUGACAGCGAGACUUCUAAGAACAAUGCUGGCUUUGCUCUUCCUUGGCCUCUUUGGGGUCCUGGAGGCGACAAUAUCGUGCAGAAAUGAAGAAGGUAAAGCUGUGGAUUGGAACACUUUUUAUNNGUUACCUAAAUACCUGGACAAGGGAAGUCAAAAGACUGGGUUAGAAUACCUAUACCUGGACUCUACAACCAGAGGCUGGAGGAGGGGUAAGCAGCUCAUGAAUAGCACCAGCAGCGCUUGGGGAAGGACAUCACAACAGCUGUAUCAAGCAUAUGCCUCCAAGUCUAGUGGAACCAUUUACAAUGAAAUACAGAUCUGUGAUCCAUAUGCUGUGAGUUAUGCGCUGUUUAUGCCAUGGGUAAAUGGACUUAAAUGUUGCAACUUUCAAUUCUGUUUUAAAAAGGAGCUUUGUUUUUCCAAUUUAUCUGUAUUAACUGUAUCUUUGGUAGGCUUACUGCUGUGGAACAAAGACCAGGGGUUCUGGCUGAUUCAUUCUAUUCCCAAGUUUCCUCCAAUUCCUGAAGAAGGCUAUGCAUAUCCAACCACAGGGCAACAAAAUGGACAAAAUGGCAUCUGUGUAACUUUCAAGUACAACGAGUAUGAAAAAAUAGAAACUCCAGACAUUUUUGCAGCCUGGAUGGCUCCACAUUUAAAGGCACACUUGCUAACAGAAACCUGGCAGCGAAAAGGAAAAAAGCUCCCUUCAAACUGCUCUCUUCCUUACCAUGUUAACAACAUCAAAGCAAUUAAGAUAUCUGGACAAUCUUGUUUCAGUUCUUCGAAGGAUCAUGCCAAAUGGUGUAUUUCCCGAAAUGGCACCAGAAAUCGCUGGACAUGUAUUGGGGACCUAAAUCGGAGCCCAUCCCAAGCUUUCAGAAGUGGAGGAUUCAUUUGUACCCAGAAUCAGCACAUUUACCAAGCAUUUCAAGGAUUAGUUUUGUCUUCUGAGGAAUGCAACAAAAUUUGGUGAAAGGAAGUAUGUGCUAUCAUUUUGAACACCAACAAUGGGUUUUAUUCCAUUCUAUGCUCUAUAUAUCAAAGCCUGUAAAUGUACUCGUAGUCCACAUAUCAUCGAGUAAAACACUUUUCUCCCAUGUUUACCAUCUUAUCUUCUAAUUACUGGUAAUUUACCUACUUUGCAUUUAUAUUCCCUAAACACAAACUAUUAUAUAUAACUAAAAUGAGAAUUAA